AUGCACGGGUCCGGACUGGGCCCCGACAGCUCCAAGUGCAAGUCCGCGGCCGAGGUGCAGAAGGACAUGUUCGCGCUCAAGGGCAUCACCGACAAGGUCCGCAUCUACUCGCUGCUCGACUGCAACCAGGCCGAGCUCAUCCUGCCCGCCGCCAAGAACGCCGGUCUCAAGGUGCACCUCGGCAUCUGGACGACCAAGAGCCACGACUACCUGCUCAAGGAGAAGGCCAAGCUGGCCUCGCUCAUUGACUCGGGUCUCUACGACAACAACGUCAUUGGCCUGCACGUUGGCAGUGAGACGGUCUACCGCAAGGAGAUCACUGCCAACACGGCUAUCAGCUACAUGAACGAGAUCCGCAGCUACCCCCGCAGCCGUGGCAAGAACACGCCCGUCACCAUCGCGGAUGUCAUCGACAUUUUCUACGACAACCCGCAGAUGGUCGACGCGGUCGACUCCGUCAACGAGUUCGCCUACUGGGAAGGCGUCGACGUGAAUGAAGGCGCGGCCAAGACGCUUGACCGUAUUCGCGCUAUCCGCGUGACUGCUGCGAAGAAGAACAAGCGCAUGGUUCUCUCGGAGGUGGGCUGGAGCUCCGACGGUCAGCACGCCAAGAUUGGCGUGGCCUCCCCCGCCAACCAGGCCAAGGUCUUCUCGGACUUCUUCCAGGUGGCUCGCUCGAUGAACGUGGAGUACUACUGGUACACCGCGUUCGACUCGCAGUGGCGCGUGACCAACGGCGACGACGUCGUGGAGGCCAACUUCGGAGUGUUCAAGGAGGACGACACGAUGAAGAGCAACUUCCAGCAGCUGACGAUCGGCUGGAAGGACCCCAAGGCGAUCCGCAACGCUGGCACCAACUUGAUGCUGUCGGAAAAGAACGCCGGUCUGUACAUGUCGAGCAAGUCCGGGGACUGGCUGGUGGAGGAGCAGCAGACCUGGUUCUUCGACGCGGCCACCAAGCAAAUCCGCUCCAAGAGCGCCGACCGCUGCCUGGGCGCCUACCAGGGCUGGGACGGCGGCAUUGUGCACGUCUACCGCUGCAUGGACAACGAGCCCAACCAAAAGUGGACGUUCGAGAGCUCGACCGGCAAGCUGAAGCACGCGGCGCACCAGGGUUUCUGCCUCGACACGGACCCCAAGCAGAACAACAAGGUGCAGCUCUACGGCUGCUCGCCCAACAACGCGAACCAGAAGUGGGCCAUUCUCAACCCUGCCAACAUAUAA